UCCCCGUCAUGCUAUCGCCGCGUCUGGCUAUCGCUGCUGUUGUCUGGACCUUGCUUGGAUUUGCUUGGACCCCCCUGAACUGGAAUGGCCCAUUGAAUUUCCGAUCUUCCAUUACCCACCCCCCACUAGCCCAGCAUGACCGCCCGUCUGGUCCUGGUUAUUGGUGACCUGUUCAUCCCUGACCGAGCUCCCGACCUCCCCGCAAAGUUCCGCAAACUCUUGACCCCCGGCAAGAUCGGCCAAAUCCUCUGCCUGGGUAACUUGACCGAUCGCGAUACAUAUGAGUUCCUCCGCCAGGUCGCCCCGGACUUGCAAAUGGUCAAGGGCGACUACGAUGUCGACUCCCCCAACCUGCCGCUUUCCAAGGUCGUAAAUCACGGUAGCCUGCGCAUCGGCUUUACUCACGGACAUACGAUCAUCCCGCCCGGCGAUGCGGAUGCGCUGCUGAUCGCGGCCCGACAGAUGGACGUUGACAUCUUGCUUUGGGGCGGUACUCACCGGUUCGAGGCAUUUGAGAUGGAGGGACGCUUCUUUAUCAACCCGGGUAGUGCCACGGGCGCUAUGAGCUCGGGCUUCUGGCCGGAGGGCGAAGAGCCAACCCCGAGCUUCUGCUUGAUGGACAUCCAGGGUGAUGUUCUGGUGCUCUACGUAUAUCAACUCAAAACCGACGCCAACGGUGUUGAGAACGUGUCGGUCGAGAAGGUCUCAUACCGCAAGAGUCAUGCUCCUGCACCAGUGGCGGCACCAGCAUCCUGAUUCACUUCUAUCCCUUUUCUUCUCCCUGUCUAUCCCUCUCUCCCGUGUAUAUAGUCCUCUUCCUAUCCGCUCCCUCAUUUUGUUGUCAUCCUAGCAAGUUUGGAUCUUUUGCGUCAAUUCAAUUUUUGAUACCUCGGUUCAGG